GGACCUGCCUUUCACGGAGGCUUUGCAGUGCCACUGAUGAACCAAAGCUGUCGCAGGAACAAGAGAACGAAUCUAYGCUCAAGAACCUAAAACUCAUGGGAGUGGACGUAAAGAAGGCAUUCCUGCGUCAGCCCGGGGUGUUUCGGAGAAAAUUCACCAACGAGCAAGGCCUUUUUCAGUUUCUGCAAGAAAAAGGWGCAAGCUGUGAAAUCAUUGCCAGCAUYGUGUCUCGUUACCCUCGCUCCAUCACUCGCUCAUUAGAUUACUUAGAGCAGCGCUGGCAGCUGUGGCGAAAUGUCUUCAGCACAGAUGCAGAAAUCAUCAGCGUCCUGAAUCGCUCACCUGAAUCUUUCUUCCGCUCCAGUGAUAAUGAGAACCUGGAGAAGAACAUAGCUUUUUUGAGGUCUCUAAAAAUGAGCUCCAAACACUUUCAUCGGCUGAUGACCCAAGCGCCACGGACGUUCUCCAACAGUGUGGCGCUGAACAUGCAGAGAGUGGGGUUCCUGGAGGACAUCUGUUUAGAGCUUGGUGGAAAAAAUCCAAAGCAGUUUGCUAAAAAUAUAUUAUCUAAAAACAUCWAUGUUAUGCUCAAGAGUGAUACACGAAUCCAGUCAAACAUAGACUUCCUGAGAGUCUGUCUUAAGAUGAGCAACUCUGAACUUCUGGAUUUUCUUGAACACCAGGGAGCAGAAAUCCUGGACCUCUCCACUGUGCAUUUGAAGAAUAAUUUUAACAACCUUGAGGAGAAGCUGUCUUUACUUGGAUGUGAGAAAGAUGAAUUAAAAAAACUGAUAUUAAAAUACUCAGWUAUUUUUCACCCUAGGGCAGCAUAUCUGAACUCCAAACUAGACUKCCUCCUGAAAAGAGGCAUAACAAUAAAGCAAGUACUGAACAAGCCUAAAGUUUUGGACUACAGCAUACAAACCAUGACUGAGCGACUGGACCAGCUGCAGACAGUGGGAUAUGACUUUCAAACCAACGGUAUUGCUGUCCUGGACAUCAGUCGAGAGCAGUUUGCCGCAAGGAUGGAAAAGCUUUCUGCUGCGAUGAAAGAAAGCUGAAAACUGAUUUUCUUGACUGUAAUUUUAAAUAUUUACAUUUCAGGCAUAGUUCUUUGUAUUGUGACUUAAUGUCUUUUUUAUUUAAACAUCUCAGUGUUUUCAGCUGAGCAGCAAUGAAUGUUAUUUCACAGUUGGUUUACAAGUAAUGAUGAUCUUUGUAAUUAUUUUGCUUAUGUUAGCAUAUUUUGCAGUAAAAGCUGAUUUUUCCGGUGA